GAGAAAAUAAUAUGCAGUAGUAUUUGUUUCACUCUUAGUAGUCAAUAUAAAACCUUUUUAUUCCUUUUUAAGGAUUUACUACUAGUGUGCUAGAGAUAUAUCGUUUGGAUCCGAAACGCCCAUAUUAACGGCAAGGCCGGAAAUCGGAUCCCAAAAUGCCAGUGAAAACCAGCUCCAGCACCGGCGGUGCCGCUGCCGGCCCAACCACUUUCCCCUGCACCGUUUCUUCUCUCUUCCUGUCUAUCUCCUUCCUUUGCGUCGUCUCACUUUGCCUCUUCCUUUUCCGCUUCAAUCCCACUAUAACCCCGUCGCUUAAUCUCCACAAUAACCUUCAAAUUUCUCAAAAUUCCGUCAGAGUCUACGUAGCGGACCUUCCCAGAUCCCUCAACUAUGGGCUCUUAGAGAAGUACUGGUCUUUAACCUCUGAUUCGAGGCUUGGAAGUGAAGUAGACAAUGAGAUCAGAAAGACCCUUUCGUCUAAAGAUUCUCAAAAGUUCCUUCCAUAUCCUGAGAGCCCGUUGAUUAAGCAGUACAGUGCAGAGUACUGGAUCAUGGGCGAUUUGGUAACUCCCGAAGAGCUGAAGAAGGAUUCUUUAGCUAAAAGAGUGUUUAGUAUUGAUGAGGCUGAUGUGAUUUUUGUUCCAUUUUUCGCUACCCUCAGUGCGGAAUUGCAGCUGGGUUUGAAUAAGGGAGUGUUCCGGAAGAAGGUUGAGGAUAAUGAGGACUAUCAGAGGCAGAAAAUGGUGCUGGAUCUUGUGAAGAAGUCUGAGGCUUGGCAGAGGUCUGGUGGCCGGGAUCAUGUCUUUGUUCUUACUGACCCUGUUGCCAUGUGGCAUGUUAAAGCGGAGAUAGCCCCUGCAAUUCUACUGGUGGUUGAUUUUGGUGGAUGGUACAAGGUGGACUCAAAAGGAUCAAGUGAUAACUCAUCAGAUAUGAUCCAUCAUACCCAGGUUUCGCUGCUGAAAGAUGUUAUUGUACCCUACACCCAUUUACUGCCUAGGUUGCAUAUAUCAGAAAACAAGAAGCGGCAUACACUUCUUUACUUUAAAGGAGCUAAGCAUAGGCAUCGGGGUGGCCUAGUCCGAGAAAAAUUGUGGGAUUUACUGGUGAAUGAACCUGCAGUUGUGAUGGAAGAAGGCUUUCCUAAUGCCACUGGCAAGGAACAGUCUAUACAUGGUAUGAGGACAUCUGAGUUCUGCUUGCACCCUGCGGGGGACACACCUACCUCGUGCAGACUUUUUGAUGCCAUACAAAGUCUCUGUAUUCCUGUAGUAGUUAGUGACGAGAUUGAGCUCCCCUUUGAAGGAAUCGUGGAUUAUUCAGAAUUUGCAGUAUUUGUUGCAGUUAAUGAUGCACUGACGCCAAAUUGGCUUGUCAAUCAUCUUAAAAGCUUUUCUGAUGAGCAGAAGAACAAAUUGAGGAGAAAAAUGGCAGAGAUUCAGCCUGUAUUUGACUAUGAUAAUGGUUAUCCGGGUGGUAUAGGACCUUCGCCUCCGAAUGGCGCAGUGAAUCAUAUAUGGAAAAAGGUCCUCCAAAAGCUCCCGCUGAUAAAGGAAGCCGUAACUCGAGAGAGGAGAAAGCCCUCGGGUGUUUCUGUUCCACUUCGAUGCCAUUGUACAUGAAUUUAUUUUUUAAUAUUAUGUGCAUGCAUAUGUUGUAUCACUUGUGCUUAAAUUUUCUUCCCUGCCAAUUUAUAUUCCAUGAGAUUCAUUCUUUCUUGUGGUUUUGUUAUCACUUCUGCGGCAGCAUCUUUUCUUAUAGCUUUAAGAGUACGUAGUAUCUAAUCUAUUGACUCAGAUUAUAUUGGCCAUGGUUUGAAUUAUAUUGUUUAUCCUUAAAUCUGAAGGCAGAAAGAUCGUUUUUGGCUUUAGUUUCUUCAUUUUAUAAUUCCGAUUCAACACAUAUACGUUUGGUAAUGGUUCACUACCUUAAAAACUGUCGUUACAUUCACUGUUUUAUGAUCAAAGUUGACGUAGAUGCUCUGCGGCAGGCAGAAGUUAAUAAAAGGGUUCUGAACAAAGCCUAUGAAAACCUAGAUAUCCACUGUUUAUGCUCGUAACCACUUGGGAAAGGGUUCAUUUGUUUCAUCUUGUCACCCAGCUAGUAGUUUUGGAAUGCAUAUUCUUCCCUGUAUACACCUGAGGAAUUGAGUCAAAAUAUUUAGCCCCCAUUCCCCAGUGUUCAUGAUAAACGGCAUACUCAGAAUAUGGGAAUUUGACAUUAUUAAAAUUUGAUCUUUGCAGCAGAAUUUCUACAGAAUCUCUACAUUUUUCAAUUCUACAACAUUAAAAGCUUUCCACUUUCUGUGGACAUUCAAUUUGGUAUCUAAAUGAAAACACUAGUUUAUCGCCACUGUAUGGAAAACUAUGCAUAAAAACAAAUCACCCACUGAAUUGAAACAAUGUACCUCAAUCAAGUAGAAUCAGGGUUCCUUUCAUUGACGUCUAUCUCCACGCAGGGAAUGUUGGCUAUCUUCGACCAAUAAUCACCUCCAUCUUUCAUGCAUUGAUCUUUGAGUUUCUUACAGUUACUAAUCUCAAGACGCCAAAGUCCAUUGAGGAUGUUUUCGUUAGGCAAGGUCUUAAGUUUAGGACAGGUCAUGAGAGAUAAAUGUUGCAGGGAGGUCAAUCUAUCAAGACAUUUUGACAGCGAUUUGAGAUUUUUGAACCUUGCAAUAGAAAACCUUGUUAUUGAGGAAGGAAAGAGGUUUUCAUCAUCAGCAAAAGAAUCAUGCUUUGAGAAACCACCACAGAUGGAAAGUUCCUUAAGAGAGGUGAGUCUGUCAAGCUUCCAUUCAGCCAGGGGCCUGAGUUUCCUUGAAUCCCAUAUCCGAAGUGAAGUUAAACUUGAAGGCAAGUUUGCUUGGGGAAAAGUCUCAAGGUUUGAGCAACCACGGAUUUCCAAUGAAACAAGGGAUGAGAUGCGGUGAAUAUUUGAGGGUGUAGAUUUGAGUUGGGAACAAUAUUCAAUGGAAAGGAUCCGCAGAUUUGGUGUCGGCAAUCCUUGCUGUGGAAAAGACUCCAAGGUUUCACAAUGAGAUAUGUGUAGUUCAGCAAGGUGGGAAAAACAGUGCAUGUGGCGAAGUAAAGUACCGACAUUCUCCCAAUUGGAAAUAUUAAGUUCUGCUAGAGACAUGCUGCGGUUCUGCUCAAAAAUUUUGUCUGAAACUGGUUCUAGAUGCUCAACAUUUAUUAUGACAACUUUCUUGAACGUAGUUGGAAAGCUACUUUCUGACCAGGCCCUCAAUGAUGAACAAUCCUUGAGCUCCAAUCUUUCCAGAUUAGACAAGCCAUUUGGAAGGGAGUUCAGGGCAUUACAACCUUGUAACAAAAGGCGUCGAAGCAUGGGUGGGACACCUGUCUCUGGAAAGGAAACCAGUUUUGGGCAAGUCUUGAUGAUUAUCUCCCUUAAGUUCUUGAGCUUACUCAGUUCCAGGGGCAAGGAACUUAAAGUCGGACAACCAAAUAUUUCCAAGACUUCAAGAUUAAGUGGCAGCUGUUGAUCCUCAUCCCCUAAGCAGACAAUAUUCGAACAGUCUUCUACAACAAGACGUUUCAGGCAUGUAAGACUCUCUGUGGACACAUCAUGUUCCCACAAUGAGAUAAAUUCGUCACAGUUACAGAUCUCGAGGGCUUCAAGUUUUUCAGUGUACUGCAUAAGAUCUCUUGAGAUACAUGUAAACCCAGUAACUGAUUCAAGCUUUAAGUAUGUAAGCAAGUUCAGAUGCUUGAAACUAUGCAGUAUCACCUUGCUGCAUUCGUGAAGAUCUAAUUCAUGAAGAUAAGGAAGACUCAAAGAUGAGACUUUAGCCAGUUUCUGACACUUGUAAAUGCUUAGCUGAUGAAGACGAGGGAACUGAAAUUCAGAUGGCUGAUCUCCAGUACCACAAGACCAUUCCUCCCACUCAGGCAUGCAAUCAAACCUCAAAGUCUCCAGGCAUGGAAAUGGGUGUUCUAGAGGAUAAUUACUCUU